ACACGCUCACACCCGUACUUUGCCGCAACGUGCCCGCUGCGCCCUCAGCACUGCAGUGGAUGUCAGUAAUAAACAGUGUGUGGGGGAGCUUCAGAUAGCCUCCACCACUGCUCCUAACAGAUACCCUCUUAUCUCCUGAAAGCAGAUGGAUUUCCUUCAUGUCAAAUGCGCCAUAACUGAGCAGUGUUAUUGGUGCAUUCCUCAGUCUGACGCGGUUCUCUAUCGACCGUGUAAUUAUUCUGAGCGAGUCACAGAAACGGGGGAAACCUGGAGGUCAGGAGGACUUUGGAAAUGCUCUUAGCUCAAAGGAACAUUGAACACAUAAUGAGAUGAUAAGGAUGAUUGGCAGCACAAGUGGUAACAUCCCUGUUGGCCCGACUCUAAGAGGAUGCCCCCUGGUUUAAUCCUAGCUGCCUUCCUCCUCUGGGCCACAUCAAGUGCACAUCCUGUUGGUCGACCGUGCUUAUAUUCAGUCCUCCAGUCUGCUGGUCUGCAAGUGAACUGCAGUUCUUCAGGCCUCGUGGAGCUGCCUCCUCUGGCCUCACACACCACAGAGCUCCACGUGCAGGACAAUCGGCUCACCUCGGUGUCUCCGGGCCUGUUUGACGGACUGGUCGGUCUGAAAAAGGUCUCACUGUCUGGGAACCCCUUCCACUGUGACUGCAGGAUCCAGUACCUGAGGAGCUGGCUGCUGAAGAACAGAGCCGCCGUAUCCGAGCAGCCCACUUGUGCCAGUCCAAGUUCCGUGGCUCAGAAGGCCAUCGCUGAACUCACAGAUGAGUACUUCUCGUCCUGCGGCCGGCUGAGCUGCACCGGUGGGACCUUCAGCGCCGCGAUGGGAGCGAUGCUGUGCUGGGUCAUCGCUCUGCUGCUGUGGAGCUUGAGACUGGCCAAAUCGUCCACCUUCACACUGUGCAUAGACGACAGGCACGUGGGGCUCGAGGCCGACUCUCUGCGCUCACUGAAGCCCAAACACAGAAGGCGGUUGCACACCACACUGCCAGGGGUCAGUGCGGACUUGACUUCUUUCACUUGUACACAGGAACUAGAAAGGCCUCUUAUCAGCAUGGAGCUACUGCCACAAGUUCUGGAUACGUUGCACAAGAAGCACAAAAUGAAGAUAAAGGCGACCUGAGCGACCUCUGUCUCUACCAGGAAUUAGAACUCACAGGUACUCCCAGGAUGUGGGACAGCUGGUCGGCCUUCGUCUGUCGGAGGCAGUUCCCCGCGUUGGUGACAAAAACCACCGGCACCACAAACUGUCCCUUAGAGUCCACCAGC